UCUGCUGGCUUUGGGUGCUGGGAGUGUCCCUUUAAACACUGGGUCCAGGCUGGGUAAUCUGCCAGAGAUUAUCUGCUGGGGAGAGGAUUGGCAUUAAAGGGAAUGUCUCCUCCCUUCCCCCAUGUCCUGCAGCGUCCCCUGGCCUGGGUGUGAGUGUGGAAACCAAGUUCACUUUCUCCUGGGUGAGGAGAGAGGGGGCUGUGGUUGGAGGGGCGAGGGGAGGAGGGCAGAUGAUGGCACUGGGCCUCCUCUUCCUCACCGUGCUGGCCAUGCUCGUCUCCUGCCAGGACCCAGAAGGAGACCUGGACACUUACUGGUCUGGCACGGCUCCCAUCUGCCUGGGGGGCUGCAAGGGGAGGCACAAGGAGCUCAAGAGGAGCCAGUGUGGGAACGGCAGCUGCUGCUGGCUGGGCUACAAGUCCUUCUGCAGAGUGAACUGUGGGCGGCCCGAGGCGGAUUUUAACUCGGUGGUGCACGGCAAUGACUGGUGGGUGGGCUCCGUGGUGCGCUACAGCUGCCGGCCCGGAUUCCUGCUGCUGGGGGACCCUGCCAGCGCCUGCCAGUCCGACGGCCACUGGACCCCCAAGCCCUCCUGCCUCCGGAUCUGCCUGCGCGGCCGCAUCCAGAUCAGCGAGCGGGACAUCACCGGCAAGUGCUCCUCGUCCUGCAGCAGCCAGGCUCACCUGGGAGCCUUCCUCAACCACGGCUGCAUCAAGAUCUCGGGCUGUGUCACCAAGCUGUCGGGCUGGCCCCGCUGGUUCCAGCGCUGUGACACCUGCGAGUGUGACUGCCACGUGCCCUGUGGUUCUUCCAGGUAG